GACCUAUGGGGUAACACUGAUUUUCGUCUACAUCAAAAGGUUACGGAGGGGUUUUAGACUAAAACCCUAAUCCCAGGCAGACAAUGGCAGUGUUGAGCUGGAAGCAAGUGUUGGAAGACAACAACACCACUGACCCAAACUCCAUUACUUCUCUUUCCCUUACUCACAAAGCUCUUUCUGAUGUUUCGUGUUUGAGCGAGUUCAAGAAUUUGCAGAGGCUUGAUCUUGGCUUUAAUAAUUUAACUUCACUCGAGGGGUUGAAGUUAUGUGUGAAUUUGAAGUGGCUGUCUGUUGUACAAAACAAACUUCAGAGCUUGAAAGGGAUUGAAGGGCUUAUUAAACUCACUGUACUGAAUGCUGGAAAAAACAAGCUCAAAUCUAUGGACGAGGUCAGUGGUCUUGCUAACUUGCGAGCACUGAUUUUGAAUGACAAUGACAUUUUUUCGAUUUGCAAGCUUGAUAAAGUGCAAGAGCUGAAUACAUUAGUCCUUUCUAGAAAUCCUAUAUCUGGAAUUGGGCAGAGUCUGGCCAAAAUUAACUCAAUCACAAAAUUGUCUCUCUCUAAUUGCCAGCUACAAGGUAUUGACUCUUCACUCAAAUCCUGCACUGAGUUAAAGGAGCUACGCCUUGCUCAUAAUGAUAUUAAGACACUUCCCAAUGAGUUGGCUUUUAAUAUAAAACUACAAAACAUAGACAUCGGAAACAAUGUGAUCAUGAAGUGGUCAGAUUUGAAGGUGCUGUCUUCAUUGGUUAACUUGAAAAACUUAAACCUACAAGGGAACCCCAUUGCUGAAAAGGAAGCUUUGGCCAAAAAGAUCAAGAAACAGCUGCCAAAUUUGCAGAUUCUCAAUGCUAAACCUAUUGAAAAUGCCGUGAAAAAGGAAGAGGGUGGUAGAGUCGAUGGUGAAAAUGAAAGUGGUCAUCUUGAUAAUGUCGCUUCUGAUCGUAAGAGAAAGGAGUUGGUGCAAACAGAAAAAAGAACCAAUUAUGACGUGGGGAUUCCACUCGUUGAACUUGGCACAAGAGAGGAACAAAAGCGCAAAAAACAGAAGAAGAGUGAAGUUUUGAAGGAGAAAGCAUCAACCAACAAAAAUGAUACUGCCGUCGGGGAUAAGGAACCAGCUAAAAAGUCUAGUAAGAAGGCUAAACAACAUAAAGCAAGUGCCAUUGACGAUGGAGAAACUCCUUUUGCAGAUCUUUUUGGUCCUGAUUCAUCAGAAGAUCCAUUGACUAGCAGUCGGAAGGGCGUUAAUCACAACACACUCCAAAAUGUUGAUGCAGCUGCAGGCUUGGUUACGUUCCCCAAAAAGAAAAAGAAGAACAAGAAUCUGGUAACUGGUGCUGCUGCUCUUCAUUUGUCAUCAGUAAGUGAUGAAAUUGGAUUGGGUGGUACAUCAACGUGGGGUGACUAGAAAAAUAGCAUCGCAGAGAAAAUCAAGUAGCACCAAGCUGAGACUGUGAAGUUAGCUACUGUCAUUUAAGCCCGGGCCUCCCAUUUUGCUUGAUUGCUGUGCAAUAAGACGUUUGCACGGUUUACUUGAGAACAAAUUGGUUUCACUUCCUGAUAGAAGCUGUAAUUUUUGGUGCUAUUACUGCAAGUCUUAAGGGCCACAAUUCUUUCUUGAUAGCCAGAUCAUUGGGAAGGAAAAAGAUGUUCCUUCUUGCUCUUGUUUGUCUUAGCCUCUUGGGUUUUUGGAAGAACAAAAAUACCCAACUUGCUUUUAGCAGGAGUACUUGUUGGGAAGAUUUUGUACUUGUAGAGACGUGGUAAACAAGCCUAAUUUAAAUUUUGUUUUUAGAACAUAUUGUGUUUUAGAUAGUUAAUGGUCGUGUUUCCAAUGACACACUCACGAAGUGUUGUCUGCCUGAAUUUCUAAUGCAUUAGUAUAAUGCAUUAGAAACCAGAAGAAUGACCCUUUGUGGCGGAUUGGCAGUGAUAUUAGUCCCAUUUUUCCUCC